CAAUUGCUCAAAGUGUUCGUAUCAGGGAAAAUUCGAAGACGCUUCGCCGAAACUUCUCAGAGACUCGAAAAUUAAAAAGGCUCUCUCGAUUUUUAUUUUUAUUUUUAUUUUUAUUUCACUUUCCCGCUCGCCUUUCUUUCCUUUUCUUCUUGUUUUCUCGUCCUUGUGAAUCCACGACACAUUCCUGUUGUCGCUUUGGAUCGAAUCUCCGUUUGGUUGCUGAGAGAACUAAGGAAACUAGAAGAAAAUCUUUUUUUCGUUCUCUCUCUCUGUGUUCAUUUUUUUUUUUUGUUGGUUAUAGAGAUUGGAAAUGGAAGUGAAAGGAAGUUUUAUCUUUACGUAACUGGAAAGCUGGUUGUUUCUUAUUUUGUUGAACUUUCUCCUUAAAAUAAAACUUCCAUUUCGGUUGCUGAGAAGGUAGGGAAACUAAGAAAAUAAAUCUUGUUCUCGAAUCUCACACGUUGCUAGUUUGUUUGUUUAUGGAAAUAGAGAAGUCUUAGUCAAAGUGAGGUUAGGUUCAUGUAAUUGAAAAGUUCAUAUCGUGUUAUUUUUCUUCAACUUUCUCAGCAACCGAGCAGGACAGUUUAGUUUAGUAAUAGUGAAAAUGCAAACGAGGUAUAUGGAGAGAUCAAAUAGCAUGGUGAGGGAGAAGCGAAGUUUGGAUGUAACUUCAGCAGAAGAAGUUCAGCCUGAUAGGAAGCGACCUGCUCUAGCUAGUGUAAUUGUUGAAGCUCUAAAGGUGGAUAGUCUGCAGAAACUUUGUUCAUCAUUGGAGCCUAUUCUCCGGAGAGUUGUUAGUGAAGAAGUGGAGCGUGCUUUAGCAAAAUUGGGCCCCGCCAAACUUCCUGGGAGGUCUUCACCCAAACGUAUAGAAGGGCCUGAUGGACGAAACUUACAGCUGCACUUCAAGUCCAGGCUGUCCCUUCCUCUCUUUACUGGAGGAAAAGUAGAGGGGGAGCAUGGUGCUGCAAUUCAUAUUGUUUUGAUUGAUGCAAUCGCAAACCAUGUUGUCACAUCAGGUCCAGAAUCUUCAGUGAAGUUAGAUGUUGUUGUGCUUGAAGGUGAUUUCAAUAAUGAGGAUGAUGAUACCUGGAAUGAAGAAGAAUUUGAGAGUCAUGUGGUGAAAGAGCGCGAAGGAAAGAGGCCGCUUCUGACUGGGGAUUUGCAAGUGAUACUCAAGGAAGGUGUAGGAACAUUGGGUGAUCUAACAUUUACUGACAACUCAAGCUGGAUAAGGAGCAGGAAGUUCAGGCUAGGAUUGAAGGUUUCCUCAGGCUGUUGCGAGGGCACCCGGAUACGUGAAGCAAAAACAGAAGCCUUCACUGUUAAGGAUCACCGUGGAGAAUUAUAUAAAAAACAUUAUCCACCUGCAUUACAUGAUGAUGUUUGGAGAUUGGAGAAAAUUGGGAAAGAUGGGUCAUUUCACAAGAGGCUCAACAAAGCUGGAAUUCAUACCGUUGAAGACUUCCUAAAACUUGUGGUUACAGAUUCACCGAGAUUGCGGAAUAUUCUUGGAAGUGGCAUGUCCAAUAAGAUGUGGGAUGUUCUUGUAGAGCACGCUAAAACUUGUGUACCAAGCGGGAAGGUUUAUGUGUAUUAUCCUGAAGAUGAGAGGAAUGUUGGUGUUGUUUUUAACAAUAUCUAUGCGUUAUGCGGCUUAAUUGCCAAUGGACAAUAUUUCUCAGCUGACUCUCUUUCCGAAAGUCAGAAGGUCAACGUGGACUCCUUGGUGAAGAAGGCAUACGACAAUUGGAUGCAUGUUGCAGAGUAUGAUGGAAAGUCACUUCUUAGCCUUAAGCAAAAUAAGAGCCUGGGUGCUUCUCAAAGUGAUGUCCCAACGAAUUUACAAGAUUAUUCAAACUCGUUUGACCAGCAGUUCACCCUACCAAGCCUGCCCAUUGCCGUUCAUUCGGAGCAGCCUUCUAUGGAUUCAGUAGGCAUAACAGUUGGAGGAUAUAAUGAUGCUAUGACAGCCAGAUUCUCUCUACCGUCUCCGAAUGUGAAUCUCAAUGCUCCUAUUCAGUUUGAGGGCACUUCAUUCCCCCUACAGAAUCCUUUGGCCAGCGUUUCUCACCAAGCGCAACUUCCAAAAAGUGACAACUUGCUGCUCCUUGGUCAUCUACAGUCAUCCACAUCGGGAUUCCAGGCAGUUGGUGCAUCCAAUCUUACUUCUUAUAAGGAAGAAUACUUCCCAGAGGAAGAGAUUCGUAUGAGAAGUCAUGAAAUGCUUGAAAAUGAAGAUAUGCAACAUCUCCUUCGAAUGUUGAGCAUGGGAGGCCAUGCGCAUGCCUCCAUUAAUAUGAAUGAAGAUGGAUACCCUUAUUCAUCAGCAUAUAUGGGCACCCCAUCUCUAAACUACAACUUUCAUGAUGAUCGAACUCGUUCAUCGGGAAAAGCUGUUGUAGGGUGGUUGAAGGUCAAGGCUGCCAUGAGAUGGGGCAUCUUUGUCAGGAAGAAGGCUGCUGAGAGACGGGCUCAACUUGUUGAGUUGGAUGAUUCAUAGAUGUGGCAUGUAAGGCAAAGUUGAUCCUGUUUUGAUGUCAAUAUGCUUACUCUUCUCUGCCAGUCUGAAUCAUCUCAAGCUGAAUUUGUCAACGUGAGGAAGGACCGGGCAUGGUGAAGCAAAAAACCUAAUUGGUGGGUGGAGCCAUGCCUCUGUUCCGGACGUUGCUUGGGGUUAUAAUUCUGACAUCUGAGAAUCUGUCUCAUGUAUAGUGCUAGCCUCUAGAGUAAGUUUAUAUCUACUAU